AUGAAGUGUGUCGUCUGUGACGCGGACAAGGCGAGCUACCGGUGCCGUGCGUGCCGUUCUGCGUACUGUUCUUCGCAGUGCUACAAGAAACACCGCAUGUCGAGCGAGGAGGCCGCGGCGGAGGCGGCAAACAUCAACGCCGCGACAUCGUCGUUUGCGCAUCUCUGCGAAAACGUUGUGGCUGCCCAGCGGCCACAGAAGGAGCGGGAUGCGAGGCGGCAGCGCACCGAAGCCGAAUCGGACGUCUUCUCAGACGUGUCGCGAGAGAAGGCCACUGCCGCCGGUGCUGCGCACCGGUCAGAGAACGACGCACCGCCGUCAUCGACUGCUCCGGCAGUGGAGGGGUCUUGGAAAACCGCCACAGAAGCGUCGGAGGCAAACGGACCCGCCUGUGCUGAACCGCAGCCGUCGGCACGGACGGAGUACGCCGGGGACGCUGAUGCGGUGUACAUUCUGCAGGAGAAGCAUCUCGGCGCCUUAGCACACAAUCCGCGAGUGCGGAGUGCGCUGCGCAGUCCAUCACUGCAGAAGCUCAUCAAAACCAUUGACAGCAGUCGCUCCCGGCUGGACGCGCUGGAGGCGGCGCAGUACAACAACGCCGACUUCAGGGACUUUUGUGAUGAGGUGAUGCGCGUGAUUGCGGAGGUGGAGGGCCGGUGA